AUGAAUCUGCAAGCUGGAAAAAUACCAAUAAGAUUGCUAGCUUUCAUCAGUGCAGCUACAUCAUCUCAUGACGGAAAGACUGCCGCCGGAGAAGGAGGCUUAGCAUUGAGGAUGUCGUUUUGCUAUCCAUCAUCACCCAAAAGAGUGGCGAUGACAGUAGCGUUUUUCGCCUCAGGGGCAGCUCUAUUCGCCAUUGGAAUGCAUCUGUCGUAUAUCAACGUUGCUCCUCAGCAAGCUCGCACUAAAGCCCGGAAUGAUUUUGUCAAAGAACGUCUCAGGCAGAAACAAGGCAAGUGA